AUGCCGCAACCGAACCUCUACGAACCCAUUCAGAUUGAUACCAGUGAUGAAGACUCCCUCUGCGAUGCCCAGUCCAUCGCCAACUCCAACCUCUCCCUCUCCUCCUCCGUGAGAGACUACUGCUACGAAAAUGGCCGCCGGUACCACGCCUACCGCCACGGCCAGUACCCCAUCCCCAACGACGAAGAAGAGCAGGAUCGUCUAGCCCUCAUGCACCAUCUCUUCAAGCUCAUCACCGGCGGCGACCUCUACCGCGCCCCCAUCCGCGCCCUGCGCGAACCCCGCCGCAUCCUCGACAUCGGCACCGGCACCGGCGCCUGGGCCCUCGAGAUCGCAGAGGACUUCCCCCGCGCCGACGUCAUCGGCACCGACCUCAGUCCCAUCCAGCCCAACUGGGCCCCGCCCAACUGCACCUUCCACGUCGACGACGCCGAGAGCGACUGGACCUUCGCCCCGGACGAGGCCUUUGACUACAUCCACGCCCGCAGUCUCGGCGGCGGCAUCGCCGACUGGCAGCAGCUGCUGCGUCAGGCGUACCAGCAUCUCAAGCCGGGCGGCUGGCUCGAGCUCCAGGAGUAUGAGACGUGGGUCCGUUCCGACGACGGCACGCACGAGCAGGCGACCAUGCUGCUGGAUUGGCAGCAGAAAUUGGACCAGAGUAGCCGCCGCUUUGGGAAACACAUGAACGUGGCGUCGCAUGUGGCGGGGUGGAUGCAGGGUGCUGGGUUUGUCAACGUGACAGACGAUGUUUAUAAGUGCCCCGUAGGUUCCUGGCCAAAGAGCCCCCGGUUGAAAGAGAUCGGACGGGUGGGCAAGUGCACCCUCUGGGAAGCCGUCGAGCCCUACACGUUGGCUCUGUUUACGAGGGUCAUGGGAUACACCUUUGAACAAUCCCAGGAAUACGUGGACAAGGUGCGGGGCGAGUUGCUCAAUGCCUCGUACCAUACUUACGUGUUAUACCACUACGUGUAUGGGCAACGGCCUUUGGAUGGGUGA